AGGCGACUAUGCAUCACAACUGCUGCUGCAGAGUCACUUAAAAUAGGACGGAGCACAAGGAGGUUAAGUGAGUUGCUCAGGGUCACACACAGUGAGUUAGCAUCUAGGAUUGAACCUGGAACCUCCUGGUAACAAACCCCUUUCUUUAACCAUUGGAGCACCAAACUUCUUCAAAUAAAUGUUAUUUUGAACACAACUUGGCCCCAAGGGCUCUCAAGCUAAAAAGAAAUAAGGAAAGCGAGUAAUUUGGAUAUUUGACAGCUGAGCUAAUGUUCAAUGUUUUUUUUUCUUUUCCAUGUACAAAAAACAGACUUCGAAUAGACAGUUUGAAAUAGCUUGCCUGCUUGGGUGUUAGACAUUAGCAGGGGCCACUGCUACAAAAAACAAGAAGUGGUUCCAUUCUCAACACGGUCAGAAAUGUCUGAAAAAUGCAACCAGGCAGUGGAAAUGGCUACGGUCCUGUUGCUGUGUGUUUUGUGAUGUGAGUUACAGAAAUGGCACUAUGUUAAGAUAAAAUCAUUUCAGUUAUGGGAAGCCUGAUUUUAUCACAGGUCACCGGAAAGCAUGAGGGCAGAGAACAGUGAUCUUUGUGUUGUACUAGCAGUAUAUCAUUUGAAUGACAUUUGAAUUAUGUGUAAGUACACAUGUAUUUACUAAGUAACUGCUAUGUAUGAUCGGUUUAUGGUGUGCAGCAAAGAAGGUGUGUUUUCCCUUUGAAUAAAGCCUCUGUUUGAUCUGUAGAAGUGGUGUUGGCUCAAUAGAUCUUUCUCAUAGUGGAUGACAAGAUUUUAGCAUGCUUAUUUAAGCACCACUUCUGAUGCUGGAUAUUCAUGUUUGCUUAUAUAGCUUUUUCUCGUUGAACUGAUUUUUGUGACAAGUCAAAGAAUGGAGAUCAGCAACAUCACAAUGAGCACCAAACCUUUGCCUCAAAACACAGACGACUCGGUGUACAUCAACUAUGUAAUGGAGAUGGUAUUGAUAGUUUUAUACAGCAUCACUAUUAUUCUGGGAGUAACUGGAAACAGCAUAGUGAUCUGGAUGACCAGCUGCAAACUGAAGAAGACUGUGAUCAACGUCUGGCUCCUCAACCUGGCUGUGGCCGACCUGAUCUUCUGCUUCACCCGAGUCACCUCUUUGCUCAAGCUCCUCUUCUACACCUACUGGCCCUUUGGAGAGUUCCUCUGCAAGUUCAACGGUUUCUUCACAUACAUGAACUUGUUCUGUAGCGUCUUCCUUCUAGCUGUCGUCAGCCUUGACCGCUGCUUUUCUGUGGUCUUCCCCAUCCGGAUCAAGCAGUGGCGCACUGUCCAGAUGGCUUCCUUUGCCAGCGUAGGAGUUUGGGCGCUGGCCACAGCCUUUAGCCUGCCAUACUUCCUAUUUCGACGGGUCUCUAUGGAUCCAGGAAAUGGGAAUCUCUCCAAGUGCUCCUUCGAUGUUCCUGGAAGCAACGAUGGAUAUCAGAAUAAGGCCCUCUACAUCGUGAGGUUCCUUUUUGGUUUCUUGGUCCCCUUUUUAAUCAUUGCCACUUGUUACACCAUCAUGGCUUGCAAGUUGAGGCGGACACGAGUGCCCAAAAAGUCCUACAAGAUCAUUGCUGCAUUGGUGGCUGCCUUUUUCUUCUGUUGGGCGCCCUACCAUGUCUUUUUGCUGGCCAAGAUGGUCAAUAAGAAAUCUUUGGCGGUGAAGGUUGCUCUUCCUUUGUUCAAAGGCCUGGCCUACUUCAAUAGCUGCAUCAACCCCAUCCUUUAUUUCCUCAUUGCCCUGGAUUCGAAGAAGAGGUUCAAUCAAACACUGUCUUCGGUGUACAUCAGAGCUUUCAGUGAGGAAUCGGAUAGUUCCAGCCAUUGCCGGUCAACAAGGAGCAACAGAAGCUCUAUGACAAACACAGAGCAGGUUGCUUCAUUGUAAAAAUACUCAAAACUCAAAACAUUAGUAGCCUCUGUCUUGACAAUUUAGUUAAGAUACUGUCAAUACUGUGACAUUUUUAGUGCUCAUACAUUUUUUAAAAUGUUUUUUUACAUAUCUAAGAAGGUUGUUAAAUAUUAAGGAAAGUUUAUGUGAAAAGUUUGUCUACUUUAGACUGCAUGAUUGAGUGUUUCUGAAAUGUAUGUUAUUAUAUAUUAUCUAUAUUAAUGUAGAUACAGUGCCUAUAGAAAGUCUACACCCCCUUUCAAAAUGUUCACCUUUUGUUGCCUUUUUUUCACGUAUCUACACAUCCUACCCCACAACUUCCAAGAGAAAAAAAUAUUCUAGAAAUUUGUAGAAAAUUAAUUAAAAAUAAAAACUGAAAUAUCUUGGUUGGAUAAGUGUCCACCCCCCUUGUAAUAGCAAUCCUAAAUUAGCUCAGGUGUUACCAAUCACGUUCAAAAUCACACACCAAGUUAAGUGGCCUCCACCUGUGUUAAAUUGUAGUAAUUCACAUGAUUUCAGGAUAAUUUCAGCAGUUCUUGUAGGUUCCCUCUGCUGGGUAGUGCAUUUCAAAACAAAGACUCAACCAUGAGCACCGAAGGUGCUUUCAAAAGAACUCCGGGACAAAGUUGUUGAAAGGCACAGAUCAGGGGAUGGUUAUAAAAAAAAAUAUCAAAGGCCUUGAAUAUCCCUUGGAGCGCGGUCAAGACGAUUAUUAAGAAGUGGAAGGUGUAUGGCACCACCAAGACCCUGUCUAGAUCAGGCUGUCCCUCCAAACUGGAUGACCAAGCAAGAAGGAGACUGAUCAGAGAGGCUACCAAGAGGCCAAUGGCAACUUUGCAAGAGCUACAGGCUUAUAUGGCCAAAUUGGUCAAAGUGUGCAUCUGACAACAAUAUCCCAAGCACUCCACAAAUCUGGCCUGUAUGGUAGGGUGGCAAGAAGGAAGCCAUUACUCAAGAAAGCCCACCUUGAAUCCCAUUUGAAGUAUGCAAAAAAACAUUCUGUAGCCAUGUGGCAAAAAGUUUUGUGGUCUGACGAAACUAAAAUGGAACUUUUUGGCAUAAAUGCAAAGCGUUGACGCAAACCCAACACAGCGCAUCACCCAAAGAACACCAUCCCUACUGUGAAGCAUGGUGGUGGCAGCAUCAUGUUAUGGGGAUGUUUCUCAUCGGCAGGGACUGGGGCACUUGUCAGGUGUGAGAUGGCAGGGAGGGGGUUAAAACCUCUCUGCAGAAAAAAAAAUGUGCGGAAUGCACAUUUGUCUUGUUUAAUUGUUUUGUUUAAUUGUUUAAUUGUUUUAUUGAUUAAUCAUUAGCUGCACCUGGCUACUAUUGAAAAUUGGAGCCAGGUGCAGGGUAUUUAAGGAGAGCAGUCAGUUUGGUCAGAGUGGCUGCUGAAGAGGGUAGAAGCCCGACUGUGCUGGUGUGUGGGUACAGCCGUAAUUUAAAAAAAUGAAAAAGGUAGAGUGAAGCCUUUUUGUUGUGUGUGCUGUUUUGUUUUGUUACAGGGAAACAGCUUAGCUGUCCUGUUUAAUUUAGGUUCCUGUUUUGUUUAGUUAUUGCUCAAAGAAGAGCUAGGUGUUUGUUUUGUUUAUUUUGCUUUGGUGUUUUCAUUAAAAAUAGCGCAACCGCACUUCAGAAAAAAUCAAUUUCUGUGUGUUGGGUCAGUGUUUUUAAAGGGGCAACGAACCGUGGUGAGUGCGAUCCUUAUCACACAGGAUAGAAGGGAAAAUUAAUGGAGCAAAGUACAGAGAAGUCCUUGAGGAAAACCUGCUGCCCUCUGCAAGAAAGCUGAAACUGUGUCCGGAAGUUCACCUUUCAGCAUGACCCAAAGCAACAGCCAAAGCUACACUGGAGUGGCUAAGGAACAAAAAGGUAAAUGUCCUUGAGUGGCCCAGUCAGAGCCCCGACCUAAAUCCAAUCGAAAAUUUGUGGCAUGACUUGAAGAUUGCUGUCCAACACUCCCCAAGGAACUUGACAGAGCUUUAACAGUUUUGUAAAGAAUGGUGAAAUAUUGUCAAAUCUAGGUGUGCAAAGUUGGCAGAGACCUAUCCCAGCAGACUCACUGCUGUAAUUGCUGCCAAAGGUGCUUCCACCAAGUAUUAACUCAGGGGGGUGGAGACUUAUCCAAUUAUGAUCUUUCAGUUUUGUAUUUUUAAUACAUCAUUUUUUUGUCAAUAAAAACUUUUUUCCCCUUAACAGUGUGGAGUACGGUGUGUAGAUAAGUGGAAAAAACCUCAUUUAAAUGCAUGAAACUAUGAGGCACUGGCACAACAAAAUGUGAAAAAGCUCAAGGGGGUGUAGACUUUCUAUAGGCACUGUGCAUUUAGUGUUUCAUGCUUUUUUGCCAUUACGUGGAUUAUGCUUAACUACAGCAGGAGAAGCAUUAGAUUUUAAUAUACUUCCAUAUUUAUUAAAUAAAGCAAUGCCUUUUUUUUGUUUAAAAUCAGAUCAGAGGAUGACAUUGUUUGUUCUAUCUCCUUUAAUAGAACUUUAAAAACGGGCAGCCAUCUACUUUUACACUUUUCUAAGGAACUUGAGAUUCAUUAUCUAGGAUUUCCUGGCAUUCAGAACAACAUUUCAUUCCCAGCACUUGUCAAGGCUGGUGUGUGCUUCCUGCUGCUGUGUGUGCGAGGGCCUGGGAGUUCAAGGUGUGGCUUGUGAAAGGCUAUCCCCCACACAAUGGGACUCAAUGGUUUAUCCCAUUUACAGUAAAACUAGCAAACUUCUGAACGUGUUCUUGGGAGCAAUGCUAAUGGAUAAUGUGCUAAAGCAGCUCUCUCUCUGGUAUUAAAAGCACUGUUAAGUACACAGAUGGAUUUUACACUGUAUUUAAAGGAGGUGAUUGUAUAUAAUAAUUUUAAGUCUUGCAGUAUGCUAUA